AGUGAUUGCGUUGGCCUUUUGGCACAGCCGUGUCAGCACAGCGUAGAAUUACCUUGAUCUGACCAAGGCCUCUCCUCUCCCUCUAGGUUCCGAGCCUCCAGUCCUGUUUCGAGAGCAGCCCUGAAUACGUGCCGUGGACGGGCGCAGACGGGGCCGACAGCCAUGCCGCCGCCGACAACACGUCCAACACGCAAUACGUCAAUGCUUGGCACGGGAGCCUGCCCCGCCUGCCCGGGCCAGACUACGACGACCCGACCAUGUUUGGCGCCGACGGCGCCGAGAUAGACUGGUCUUCCUUCGGCCCCAUGCCAUCCUCGCACCACCACCACAACACGUGGAGCCACCCGGACCCGUCCCCCGUCGACUACUUUACCUCGGGCUUGCCGGCUUCUCCCGGCGGGCUCUACGCAGCCGGCAGCGUCUGGGGAUCUCACGACCAGCCCCUGUACUCGCCGCACUCGGAGGCGCCCCCGUUCAUCGCCACCCACCACACACCCCUAAUCCGGAGCGUGUCUGCCGAGAACGGGCUCAGCGCCGGCUCGGGCCUCGACUUCACCAGGCGGCCAAACCUGAAGCACGGCGGCAGCUCGAGCGAGCCAGCGUCGCCGGGGAACAUGGCCCUGGUGUCGUCGUCUCCGGUGGCGGCCGCCCUGCCGUCAAACACCACCAAACCCAAGAGAGCACACAAGGCCAAGGCCAAGUCCGUGUCAGCUAGCAAAUCGGACGCCAGAUCCAAAAGGGCCGCCGGCAGCAGUAUCAGCAGCAGCCACCCGCAACAACAAAGCGGCUCCUCCUCCAAACGCAAGUCACAAAGCCCGCCACUGACACCCGGCGGCACUCCUGCCGCUGCCGCAGCGUCGGCGGAGCAGAUCCGCAAGGAGGCGUGGCGCAUCUGCAAGGCCGAGGCGCUGGAGAUGUCGCAGCGCCGCAUCAUGCUGAUCGAGCACGAGCGCGGCGCCCUCGAGCGCGAGACGCAGAAGCUGCAGGUCAACAUUGGCCGCAUGCGCGAGGCCGUCAACAGGGAGGAGGCUAACCUGCGCGACGCCGUGCUCAAGGCUGAGAGUCUAGCUCGGUCGUACUAGACUAGAGCAUAACUGCACUCGGUUUUCGGGUUUUCUUCACCGUGUCCUAAGUCUUUCCUUCAUGGGAAUGGGUGGUUGGGUUGGGAUUUAAUGACGCUCAUGAAUGAUAUGAUGUGACGGCUUAAUCAC